UUGGACAACAAUUUAUGGACAGCUAGCACACUUAGCUUUUGUCAGAGCUUGAUUGAAAUUUCUUGUGAUAAUUAAUCAUAAAUAUUGUAAUCUGAGUUUAAACUAUUUAGUAAAAUGGAUAUUUUAAAAGACGAGGCAGUGCACGAGUUAAAAUACAAACCGGGUGGUCGGCUGGACAUGACUCAUGGCUUCCUUCACCAUAUCCGCAGAAACCAGAUUGCUAGAGAUGAUUAUGAUAAAGAGGUAAAGCAGGCUAAAGAACUUCAGCGGCGAAGGCACACAACCACCCCUAGAAGACCUCGUCGACCUGACAUCCAGGUGUACCAUCCUAGACAAAGACGUGGUUCAGAGCCAGGAACAGGUGCUGAUCCUGAAGAGUGGAAUGAGAGUGGUUCAAGCACUGAGACUGAAAGCCACGGGACAGAACUUUUUUGGCUUGACUAUCAAGAGGACACAGGAGUUAUUACUUCCUUCUUAGUGCACAAGGACGACAAGCCUGAGAAGGUUGUGGAGCGUGUUGCAGAAAAGAACGUUCUAAACGCAGCCAUGAGAGCUGCUCUAGAGGUUCGAAUUCGAAAGGAAAUUGAAAAAAGACGAGACAACCGAUGAUGAGGGUUCUACAACAGCCGAUGCUAUGAAGACAAAGCUGUUGCAAUCUCACAUAUGUGCUCCUACCUUUGUGUGGUUUGUGCACAACGAGGGCCCUGCUGUCAUUUACAGUCUCUGUUGGCAGAGGUGACCAGAGGACGAGCUGUAUGUUGGUUAAAAAAGGUCAAGGAGCAACACUCAUCACUCCAUAGGGUACAUGUAAAUCAAAUCAACAUGUCCUAUUUGUUUACAACUAUCAGUUUUGUUGUUUUGUUUUAAACAAAGAGAAGGUAAAGAAAGUAUUUUCAGAGAAGCAUCAAGAUAGAUCUCUCAGUUCUGAUGAGUAAUCCAUCUUUUUUAAUAGAUGAGGCCACAAUGUGUUUAGGUGGUAACUUUUGUUGUUUAUAUUCUAGUUGAAUAAUUUAUUAUGAGUUGUGGAAAUGCCAUCAUUUUUGAUACUGUAAAUAUAAUGAUAGUUUAUUUUUUAAUAAAGUAUAUGAUGAGCUUAGAAGCAUUUAUGCUUCUUUCUGUAGUCUUGGUGAUCUCCCCUUGCAGUGACUAGCCAUAAUCCAUCACCAUUCAGAUUUUUGUAUGUAUCAAUCUCUUUUCGUCCCGUUGAAAGAAGAUUAGCUCUCACUAAAUAUAUGAGCUGUGUUAACCGAUUUACCGGUAUGUGAAAUUCACAGCAGGUGGCAGCAACAGUCUUUUUUUUUUAUCAUCUCUUAUCCUGCUUCUUUGUUGCUGUCUAUUAUUCCCAUGCUCUCUAAUUGGGUGUUUUUUUUCUGUAAGAAUGCAUUUUUUGAUGAGAUUAUUUUAUAAAAUUAGCACCAAAUGGGAUUUUUAUUUUUUACCUGAAAAAUUACCUUGCAUAAAUUUGUAUAAUAAAAUUGUUAAACAACUUUUAAAAGUCACCCAAUUAGUAAAUACAGUGCUGUGUGUAAUAAUCUCAGAAUAGGUCAUGCUUUAGAUGAUGCUGCUCUGAGGCCUCAGAGUUAAGGAAACAUUAGUGAUCAGUACCAUAAAGACAAAAGAACACACCGGACAAGUAAGGGACAAGAUAAGGUAAAAGUUUAAGCCAGUGUUGGCUCCUGGAAAAAAAAAAAACACCACCACCUAUGUUAUCUUUAAGGGCAUAUGGCACAAAGACAGAGGAUAUGACCUUAUACUAAAACUGA